AUGGGGUGCUGUGGGAUCGGAGCCCUGGAGCAGCUGCUGACAGAGCUGGAUGACUUCCUCAGGAUUCUUGACCAAGAGAACCUGAGCGGCACCGCUGUGACGAAGAAGACUGGCCUGGCCGAGCUCCUCCGGCUUUACACCAAAAGCAGCAGUUCUGAUGAGGAGUACAUUUAUAUGAACAAAGUGACGGUCCACAAGCAACAGGAUGCUGAGUCCCAAGACAAAGCGCCCGAGGAGCAGAGCCCACUGACUAACGGUGAGCCCAGCCAGCACUCCUCGGCCCCUCAGAAGAGUCUUCCAGACCUCCCGCCACCCAAGAUCAUUCCAGAACGGAAGCAGCUCUCCACCCCAAAGAUCGAGUCUCCAGAGGGUUACUAUGAAGAGGCUGAACCAUAUGACACAUCCCUCAAUGAUCAUUCUGGCAGAUUUCCCCCCAGUGGAGUCCCCAGAUGGGUGCAGGUGCCUGAAGGAGUCGUUUACACCACGAUCACCUUGGAGGACGGAGAGGCCGUGAGCAGUUCCUACGAGUCCUAUGACGAGGACGAAAGCAGCAAGGGCAAGUCGGCCCCCUACCAGUGGCCCUCGCCCGAGGCCAGCAUCGAGCUGAUGCGCGACGCCCGCAUCUGUGCUUUCCUGUGGCGCAAGAAGUGGCUGGGCCAGUGGGCCAAGCAGCUCUGCGUGAUCAAGGACGCCAGGCUCCUGUGUUACAAGUCCUCCAAGGACCACAGUCCUCAGCUGGACGUGAACUUGCGGGGCAGCAGUGUGGUGCACAAGGAGAGGCAAGUGCGGAAGAAGGAGCACAAGCUAAAGAUCACACCCGUGAGCGCCGACGUGAUCGUGCUGGGCCUGCAGAGCAAGGACCAAGCUGAGCAGUGGCUCAGGGUCAUCCAGGAGGUGAGUGGCCUGCCCUCUGAAGGAGCUUGUGAGGGAAGCCAGUACACCCCAGAUGCCCAGCGCCCGAGCUGUCCGAAACCAGAUAUAACUGAGAAGUACCCGUCAGCCUCGGAGUAUGGGAGCUCCAUAGAUGGCCACCCUGAAGUCCCAGAGACCAAAGAUGUCAAGAAGAAAUGUUCUGCUGGCCUCAAACUGAGCAACCUAAUGAACCUGGGCAGGAAGAAAUCUACCUCGCUGGAGCCUCCGGAAAGGUCCCUCGAGACAUCCAGUUACCUGAACGUGCUGGUGAACAGCCAGUGGAAGUCGCGCUGGUGCUCCGUCAGGGACAGUCACCUGUGCUUCUACCAGGACCGGAACCGCAGCAAGGCGGCCCAGCAGCCCCUCAGCCUGGUGGGCUGUGACGUGGUGCCAGACCCGAGCCCCGACCACCUCUACUCCUUCCGCAUCCUCCACGAUGGCGAGGAGCUGGCCAAGCUUGAGGCCAAGUCUUCCGAGGAAAUGGGCCACUGGCUAGGCCUCCUGCUUUCUGAGUCGGGCUCCAAGACAGACCCAGAAGAAUUCACUUACGACUACGUGGAUGCCGACAGGGUUUCCUGUAUCGUAAGCGCCGCCAAAACCUCUCUGCUACUGAUGCAGAGAAAGUUCUCAGAGCCGAACACUUACAUUGACGGCCUGCCCAGCCAGCAUCACCAGGAGCUGCUGUAUGAUGAUGUGGAGGUGUCGGAGCUGACGGCUGUGCAGAACAAGGCGGCGGCGGCCAGCCUGGGGGAGAAGCUGAAGGAGAUGGACGAGGAGUGCAGGGCGGAGGAGCGCAGGCGCGUGGACCUGGAGCUCAGCAUCGUGGAGGUGAAGGACAGCCUGAAGAAAGCCGAGGCCGGGCCCGUGACGCUGGGCACGACUGUAGACACCACCCGCCUGGAGAACCCCAAAGCUGCCACCUCAACUCCGGCCCCGGACUGUACCCCCGUCAACUCCGCAACUGCACUCAAGAACAGGCCUCUGUCGGUCAUGGUCACGGGCAAAGGCACCGUCCUCCAGAAAGCCAAGGAAUGGGAGAAGAAAGGAGCAAGUUAG